AGAUUGGUGUUGGUGAAAAGUGGACAGUCUUGGAGGCAAAAAAAACUAGCAAAAACUAUCAGCAUCCCUGUUCGUGAGCAGUGCUGGUCUUUCAAGCAGAGGCUUCUCCAUGACGCAUGUUUGAUUGAGACCCUUCAGAGCGCUGAUGUUGUGCUGGAAAUUUUCUUGGCACUGCGUAACCCAGAAGUGGCAUUGUGGAUGGAACGGAUUACUUCUGACUGGACGGUUGUUGAGAGGGACUUUGAACAGAUCCCCAAAACGGUGUGGAAGUCUAGCGAAAUUAUAUUGGAAAUCAUGCGGAACUCCAAAGCAGCUCUGCGGUAUGCUGAUGCUGAGCUAUUGGAUGAUGCAGGCUUCUUGGUGCAAGCUUGCCAGCUGCGUGGCUACACAUCUCCAGAUUCCCUGCACUGGUUGAAGACAGUGGCAGAUUGCCAACUUUGCUUGUGCUAUGCCAUGAAACAAAAUGACAAAGAAACGGCUGACAGGAUCAUGGUUCACUCCAAGCAACUGAUUGCCAAAGCAAACCACAUGGACAUUGUAACCUUGGUAGUUUUCGCCCUUUUUUGCGACGCUUUGACGCCAUGGAGGGAGCAUCUUCUGACAUUGCUGAAGGAUCUGUCGAAGCCAGCCUUGUCACAUGGUUUUUGUUCCAGAGCAGUCGCGGAUUUGGACUUAGUUCGAGCUUUGCUGCCCAGAAGCUAUGUCCUGCUCCCGCUGCAUUUGGCGACCGAUUGCUGCCUCUUCUGCCCGUCAUAUGAGGUCGAUCGGCUCACCAAAUUGCUGACUUGGGCAAGCCAGGAAGACUACAAGUCAUUUGUACCUUUCAUCUUGGGAAAAGAUAUCUCUGUCUUCUUCCUCGCAAACAUGGCAUCAGAACAUCGCGCUGCCAUUUUCCAAGAGCUCUUGGACUUUUGGGGAGGACCAGAAAAGAUUGUAGCCAUCAUUCGGGAAGAUCACAAGAAGAUUCAAUCCCUUUUGCGUUGGGCCAUUUGUCAGGGAGAUGCUGCCAUUUGUGCCUCCAAAAAUGUCAGAGAGACACUUUCUCAUGUUGUAGAUGGGGAGCUGUAUGAGACUGGUGAUGCUCAGGUAGGACAGACCUUAUUUUCUCUUUGCUUUGCAGGGACCAACCUACCAACCAACAUCGUCGAGACCAUACCUGUGGAAUGGCUCAAGGAACUCAUGGAUUUGAGAGGGAGCGAGAAGAAGAUUGCUUCAGAGCUGUGGGCCUGGUUGCCAGGUGGUGCAAGUUGGUUGGGCUGGAUCGAGAUGCAGCAGCUUUUGCCAGCUUUUGCCAUCAAAGUUCUGAGAUGUUUACCUCUGAAUGUCUUGAGUGGUCCAUCUCUCGACAUCAUUUACUCACCCGAGCUGCCUGUCCAAGCUGGCAUCAUAUAUGUAACGCAGUUGUUGCAGCAAAAUCGGAAAGAAGAUCGAGAAGAGCUAAAAAAGAUUGUUGACCGAUCAAAUCGGAGGUUUGAGGAGGUUGGUCAUGCUGCAGCGCAGGCCAUGAGCGUGGCAGAAGAGGCAAACAGACGAGCCAACCAGGCGGAAAUGACAGCGCAGCAAGCUCAAUCAGAGGCCCGCAGUGCCAGCCGGACAGCCAGCUAUGCUGAACAGACAGCCCGCAAUGCUGAGCACACAGCCCGCAAUGCUGAACGCCUUGCUGCGGUCAAUUGA